UUUUUUCAUAGUCACAAGUGACAACCUGAUCGUUGCCAUCGCUGGAUUGCUUCACUACCAAGGACCCGUCCUUCUCCGGCGUAACUUAUUAAAAUCGUCAUAAAAUUGUUUUAGCGUUGUGUAGGACUAGACCCAUCAGCUUCGUUCAAUAAAACCUCUGAUCAAGUUCUCCCCGCCCUUUCGUACUCAGAAGCUAGACUUGAUCUCAUCUCCAGUUUUUCCGAAUCUUCAAUCAGCAAUUUUCUAUUCCUUCCGUUUUUGUUCGAAUCUUUUUCAGUCCACCUUUUCAUUCUUAACCGAGAAUUCCCUUCACCUAUCAGUGUAUCGCCAUACCUUUUCGCAUACUAACCCUUUCAACAUAUUCAGCAAGAUGGCUAAAGCCCACGGCUUACUCAGCCUACUUACCCUGGCUUCUCUCGCUGCUUUCGGAGCCACUGAACCGUUGAAAACGACCACCUCGAAGGUGAUGACGAUGGAAGGGCCCAGUGAAACAAAUGGAGCUUUGAUGAUCAACGUGCUGCGCACUGAUGAUCUCAUCGCUGAUCAUAUGCCAUCCAAGCCCCUCUUGCUCGAGAAAAUAUCGCAUUUGCUCAUCAAAGUCGAAAUCUCGCCCUCCAAAUGUCUUAUCAAUGGACACUCACUUCCACUUACCUCUCAUGCCUCUCGCAAAAUGAUCGAAGAUGGGACGGUGAAAGAGGAGGUAGACCCCAAGAGCGGUCGCAAGAAAUUGAAAAUGAACGUCGAGAUGCAACAAGUUCAAACUCUCAAAGUUCCCAAGGACAGUCCCCUUGUCCCAUUAGGUUUAACGAAACCAGAGUUAUUGAAGAUCUCGGAGAAAUACAUGGCCGAGGGUGUGGUGGGCGCGGUCUUGAGUGUGACUGAAAAACCUGUGGAUGUCGAGGCCUCCACCAUGGAUGGCCAAAAAUUAGAAGCCGAAGCUUUCCAAGUUACCAUCGGAAUUCAAAUCGUGGAGAUCGACGGAGUUCUAUUAUCUACCACCGACCUUCCUUCGACUGAUUUACUUGAAUUGAUUGUUCAUCCCGACCCUGAAGACCCUUCAAAGGUUCUUGCCAUCACCACUCUCGCACCCGAAGCCGAAGACGAAGACGAAUCAUCAUUACCCGAGUCUUCCUUUGAGGAGCCAUCUGGCUCUCUCUUUGACUCAUUGAUGAAGUCCAGCUUAGCCGCUCUUCCGGCAGCUGCUUUGGCCUCAAGUGCCAACAUAUUCGAAGACCUCAUGAACAGACUUUCUGGCAGCCUCGCCUCUGAUGCCCCGGUUGUCCCUGAACCCCAAACCCCACACCACCGAAAGCCUUGUGGCAUGGGUAAACAUCACGCUGCCCCACUCCCAUCCCCCUCGGAAGACGCUUCUCAAGACAGCCAAAGCGCCGCAAGUUACAGCCCUGCGGGUGAAGUUCAAGCUCUUCAUCAAUCUCUGGCUACUUCGGGUAACGAGGAAUCUUCUGCCGAGCAACCCAUUGUUCGACACCACAAAGGUUUCAGCUUACGCUGCAUGCUCACGAUGUUCUGGAAGCACAGCUCCACUGGUCUCAAAGUUGGAAUUCCUGCUCUCUUCUUCCUCGCGCUCUUCUUCGCGGUUGGCAAACUUGCCACUCGUCUUCGCGAAAGACGACAAGAAUCGGAAGACUCAGAAUCCAAGGCUUUACUUGCUAACCAUCCCUCUGAAGUGGAUGAGAAACCCUUUGCCGAUGAGGAAGAGAUGCGCUUGAACAACGGAGAUGUGGUUGUGAUCAUCUCCACUCCUCAUUCACCUUGAUUUUUGUAUAUAUAUAUAUGUUUUCCCGCCGCAGAUUUCUUCCUGUUUCAUUUUUUGUGAUGUUGUUUGGAGGCUAUAAAUGUAUGAUAAGUUGAGGCAUUAGAAAUCUUUUCAUUACUUUUUGAAAUGAGAAGAUCAUAACACAGC